ACCUGGGUGGCCUAUGUGACUUCCUUUCGGUCUUUCCACUCACGAAAUAAACGUAAUCUAAAACGUUGUGGUGGCGUUGUUUUUGUUGUUUGUAGCUGUUGAUAUUGCCAAGAUUUUGCAGAAACGAUAGUCUUAAAUUGUUAUCUAACCGAACGGAUACAAUUCAUUUGGACAGAAUGAACGGCAAACACAGAGAACGAAGUCCCCACCAUAAACAGGAUCGCCAUAGGCACCGCGAUGAUGAAAGACGUGGAUAUGGAGAAAGGCAGGACACAAAACACAGAUACGAUGAUUCAGGCGACAAAUCUAAAAGACACAGAAGUAGAGAAGACAGAGAUAGGAGCCACAAUGACCGGGAACGAGACAGAGACCACAGAGAAAAGUAUAGAGACAGGAAGCGACAUCAAGAUCACAGAGACCGUGGAAGGUCAGAGCAGCAUGUUGAUUACAGCCACAUUAAAGUAAAGAUAGAACGAGAAGAAAACGAUCAAAGAAGAAGAGAUGAUAAAAAACGAAAACCACAAAAUCCAUUUCGUAGUGAGGAAGAACAGUACCAGUACGGCCAGCAAGGGUCAUCACAAGAAAUGGAGGAGUCAGCAGUAGUUCCAAAAGAUGCACCUGAUUUUGAAUUGUCGGGUAAAUUAGCUGAGGAUACUAAUACCUACAAAGGGGUGGUUAUUAAAUAUAAUGAGCCACCAGAAGCCAGGAAACCGAAAAGAAGAUGGCGAAUGUAUCCAUUUAAAGGAGAUGAGGCACUCCCCCUACUACAUAUACAUCGACAGAGUGCAUAUCUGUUUGGACGUGAUCGACACAUCGCUGAUAUUCCAGUCGAUCACCCAUCAUGUUCCAAACAACAUGCGGUACUGCAGUAUAGACUUGUUGAGUAUGAACGAGACGAUGCAACAAUCGUAAGACAAGUACGUCCAUACGUUAUAGACUUGGAAUCCUCUAAUGGUACAUUCGUGAAUAAUAAUAAAAUAGAACACUCUCGAUACGUGGAACUAAGAGAAAAGGAUGUUAUUAAGUUUGGUUUUAGUUCCCGCGAAUAUGUUAUAUUGCACGAUAAAUCGCAGGGUGAUGAAAAUGACUCUGGCGAGGACAAUUGAAUUGGCGAUUGUGUUUCCAACUCUUUAUUUCAAAUCUGUGAAUUUGUUUUAUUUUCAAUUUAAGACAUGUACAUGUAAUAGGUAAUAAAUACACAUUAUUUGUCAAGUUUGUU